UGCUGCACCUGCCAGAACAGUCCAGGCCUCAGGGAGGUGGUGUCACCUGGAGAGGUAAGGUAGAAACAGGACAGGUGGCUCUGGGCUUGCAAACUCAGAAUUCCCCUCUCCACAAGGCUUGGGUUUGGAUUGAACGCAGGAGGCAUUUCUCAGGAUUUGGAAGACUGGAGUGAAGUAGCAGCCACACUUCAUGUUUGUGAAUCGUACAUCUGACCAGGAGUCAAUGUCCUUAUUUUAAGCCAUCAAGCAUGCAUGGUUAAGGAUGCUGACUGACCUCGCUGGCUGGGACAGGGACAGGCCUGGAACUCUACCACAUCUCGCUCUGCUUCGGCCUGACCAUAGGACUCCCAGCAAGGCAAGCCCCAGAACCCAGGCUCUUGAAAGCUUAUUGGAAACUUGAUGGAAGGAGGAGGAGAGAGAGGAGGAGGACAAGAAUCGGGGCUAGUGGGUGAGCAUGUGUGGGAAUCACAGUUCAGCAAAGCCCAGACUGAAGGGGAUCAUGGGAUACUCUCUCUCUUGGGCUCUGACCAGGGACCCAGUGCCCACAGGUCAUCCUCACAGCAUAGCACCGUUGGGUUUCAGCUCCUGUAACCAUAAUAAGAAGGGGUGGGUAAGAGAGACUCCAAGGCCACUAUAGGAUUUUUUCACUACACUUUUAAUUUUGAGGUGAGUGUGCCAUCCACACAGCUGUAAGAGGUAGCACAGCGAUCCGGUCUACCCUUUGUCCAGUUGCCUCCAGUGGUGCCUGCAUAGCUUUAGUGCAACGACACAGCCACAGGAUCUUGACACCAACAUGGUCAAGAUGCCGAUCACUUCAAGACUACAAGGACCCCUCAUGCCCUCUUAUAGCCACAACCACGACCCCCUGCCCCUCUCUUUCUAACCCCAGAAACCUGUUCUCCACUUUAUCAUUUUAUCAUGUCAAGAAUGUCAUACAAAUGGCACCAGGUUGUACACAACCUUUCAAGGCAGCUUUUUGCACUCAGUUGGAGGUCUGUCCAGGCUGCUGUAUCAGAGGCGGGGUCCUUUGCUCUCUAAUGAGUGUCCCAUGGUGAAUGAACCACAGUUUGUUCAACCACUUACCUGUCGAAGGACACCUGCGCUGGUUGCAGUUGGGGGACAGGACAAAAAAGCUGCUGUGAACAUGUGUGCACAGGUGUUCAUGUAAGUUUAAGUUCCCAAGUCUCUGGGACAAAUGCCAAGAGUGCAACUGUUGGACCAUAUGGUAGUUGCAUGUCUUGUUUUUUAAGAAAUUGCUGAAAUAUUUUCCAGAGGGGAUGUACCAUAUUAUGUUCCCACAUUCCUGCAUUUUCAACUUUGACAUCUCAUAGGACAAUAUGUCUGAGGCCAAGUGUGCCUCUGAUGCCAAGUGAAGCCAGGCAGCCACUGACCAAAGCAGAAGAGGCAACUGCACAGCCACCCCCAGUGGUGCCAGGGACCUGGGAGUGCCCACCAAGGCAGGCCUGCCCAAGGGCAGCGGGGGCUGACUGGGUGGACUGUACACAGGCCAUCCCAAAGCUAAAGGCGCUGCUUCAAAGGGAGGAUUUUCUGGAAGAAGACUCCUGGGCUUCUGGCCUCAGAUCCAUUGACUUGACUCAGGGCAGAAUUCUGCAGAUUAUUUGUGGGAACGCCUUUAGUGUCUUGUACACUGUGACACAAAGGCCCCCCACUUAAGAUGCCAUCUGACUUUUCCCUAAAGUUCCCAUUCCUUGCCUUCUGUUGUCCCAUAUGCACUUAUCCAGAUAAAGAAUUGUGGCUUUAGAGCUGAAAGAGACCAGAAAGUAGGUGGCUGGUGAGAAGUGAACUCCCAGGACCCCCAGCUCUGUGCUCCACACACACAGGGGCUUGGUUACAGAGCAGGCUGAGCCCUGGGCUGGAAACCAGGUGCUGCGCCUGGGGAGGUGGCAGCCUCCUGGGGAGAGAGAGGCAGUGCAGCCAGGACACAGGGCGCUGAGGGAAGGUUGAACCCUGUGUCUCUGCCCUCCCUCGGCUCUGAUCCUGGCUCCAGGCAGGAACACACUGGCUGAGUCCCACCCAGCCAGCCUGUGCCCGCCCCACUACUCUGGGCAGGAAGAGGUCAGGGUGCUGCAGUGAAGGGGGCCAUAACCCUGGGCCCCUCUGUGGCGGGGCUCUCAGCUGUGUUCUGGCAGCCAAGAGUCCACCUCAGGGAUCCCAGUGCCCAAGAAGACCCACCUGUGUGCCCCGGCGCACCCAGGGCACACGGAAGGGGAGCUUCAAGGGGACAUCCACAGCGCAGGGAGCCUGCGAGGAGCCCCAGCUCUGGCUUUGCCAGGUGCUCGCGGACGCGCAGGGAGCGCGACAGGCACCGCGUGAACGGGAGGCGGCGGGUGGCCGUCCCGCCCGUCGGACCACCCAGGGCGUGGGUCCCUCCUCCGUCCACCGUCCUCCCUCCUCGUGCGCGGGUCAGAGGGUCACCGAGAACCCCGCGUGGCUCCCCUCGGCCUCUGCGCCGUGGCUGGGGCCUCCCCCGCGCCGGGAUUGGAUGCAAGCGAGCGGGGUGGGGGCGGGGGUGGGGGGUCUCCAGAAGCCCAGGUCGCCAGCUGAGGAGGGGGCUAGCCUGCAGUGCAGACCCUGCUGGCCCGCGCCCGAAGGAGCUCGGCAGGACCUGGCGGGCAGGCGGACAGCGCUGGGGAGGCGCGCCGCGAUGUUUGACAGCUCGCAGUAUCCCUACAACUGCUUCAACUACGACGCCGACGACUACCCGAGCGGCAGCGCCGACGGGGAGAAGCGGCUCACGCGGCCCGCAUACAGCUACAUCGCGCUGAUCGCCAUGGCCAUUCAGCAGAGCCCCGCGGGCAGGGUGACCCUGUCCGGCAUCUACGACUUUAUCAUGCGCAAGUUCCCCUAUUACCGCGCCAACCAGCGCGCCUGGCAGAACUCCAUCCGCCACAACCUGUCCCUCAACAGCUGCUUCGUCAGGGUGAGCCCCGCGGCGCCGCGCGCCCCACGCGGGAGACCUCUGGGCCCUGACCCUGGGAGGGGGGUGAGGCAGCAGCCGCCGCUAAGUUCGUUCCCAGUCAGUGGGGCAGCCUCCACCUGCGCCGGGAGCGGCGCCGCCACCCGAGGACCGCUCGUGUGCCUCCCAGGGCUGCGGGCGCUCACCCCGCCCAAAGGGAGCCCCACGGCGGACGCGGCGCACUCGGGAGCCAGCCGGGCGCCGGGCCCCUGUCUCUCCGCGCAGGUGCCGCGGCCCGAGGGCCACGGGAAAGGCAAGGGUAGCUACUGGACGUUCGCCGGCGGCUGCGAGUCGCUGAGGGACCUCUUCGAGAACGGCAACUUCCGGCGGCGCCGCCGGCGCGGCUCCCCGCGCCAGGGGCCCCCAGGCCCGCCCGAGCCGGCCAACGCGCAGGGGUCCCCGACCCCUUGCCGCGCGCCGGCGCCACCCGCCGGCUCCGCCGCCCAGGGGAAGGAGGAGCACAAGGACAUCAAGUUCAGCAUCGACUAUAUCCUCUCCGCCCCCGACCCCUUGCCGGGGCUCAAGUCGCCCCAGCGAGCGCAGGAGGGCAGGUACCCCCCGCUGGAAGCCCAGCAAAUGAGCCUCCACUUGUGGACCAUGUGAGGGGAAUGGAGGCUGUGUGUCCCUGUCCCGCAGGCUGGCAGCCGGCCGCUCUAGGGUCUCCCAGGUGAUUUCAGCCCCAGCUGGAGCCAAGAAAUUAGGUUUUGCCGCAUCCUACACACCAGCAGACAAGUUGGGUGAGGAAACAGCCAGGGUGCAGGGAGCCAAGAAGUCGACCUGAAAGGUACCUUUCGGCUUUAUCCCCCCAGAAAAGCUCCCUGGCCUCCCGUCUGGGUUCCUGUUGACUUAGGGUCUGCUUUGGAUUCCCAAGUCAUCCUGCCAGAGGGAUAAAAACAUAGGCUCAGGGUCACACUCACUCGGAGUCAAGGUAGCAUUUCAUCCCUUGGUCAUUUGAGAGUUUGCUUCACAGAUGACCACGCCCCGGAAGCUGCUCAGUGUUUUACUGAGAUCGGCCCCAUGCUUCCCUAGAGCUAAAAGUAAUAAUAACAAUAAAGUGCAAAUGGUGAAGUCAGAUA